AUGACUCAGCUUCCCAAUCCGGGAUCUACCAACUCCUCAACGAUUCGUCCCAGUGCUAGCGCUCAACAGGCCGGCUCGUUUCUCAUCAGAGAGAGUGAAACCAGCAAAGGUGCCUUCUUCCCAUCUGUGAAGGAUGUCACCGCCCAGGGGGAAAUAUUCAAGCACUAUAAGAUCCGCUCCUUGGAGGAAGGGAGCUACUACAUCUCCCCCCCGGUCACCUUCCCCUCACUCCAAGCCCUGGUGCAGCACUACUGCAAGAAAGGGGAUGGUUUGUGCCAGAGGCUGAUCAUUCCCUGCGUGAGCUUCGCUCCUCAAAACCCCUGGGCCCAGGAUGAGUGGGAGAUCCCCCGGCAGUCUCUCAGGCUGGUCAGGAAACUCGGAUCGGGGCAGUUUGGCGAAGUCUGGAUGGGCUACUACAGAAACAAUGUGAAGGUGGAUAUCCAGACCUUGAAGGAGGGAACGAUGUCUCCGGAAGCCUUCCUGGGCGAGGCUAACCUGAUGAAGACUCUGCAGCAUGAGAGUCUGGUCCGGCUCUACGCCGUGGUCACCAAGGAGCCCAUCUAUAUUGUCACUGAGUACAUGGCCACAGGGUGCCUGCUGGACUUCCUGAAGACAGACGAUGGUGGCAGACUGUCCCUCCCGAGACUGAUCGAGAUGUCAGCCCACAUCGCCGAAGGGAUGGCGUACAUCGAGCACAUGAAUUCUAUCCACCGCGACCUAAGGGCGGCCAGCAUCCUGGUGUCUGAGACCUUGUGUUGCAAAAUCGCUGACUUCGGUUUGGCCAGGAUCAUCGACAGUGAAUACACUGCCCAGGAGGGUGAGCAGAGCCCCACAACUGCAGGGGAGACCUUGGGCCUUACCUCCCCAACUUCCCAAAGCCUCUUGAAAUUACAUGGUAUGGCCCCGUGUGCAGAGACCUGA